AUGGCUUCAUACUUAUCAUCCAUCCUCUCUCAGGAUAUAACACAGGACAUACCCUUUCCAUCAAACCUCUCAUCGUUGGGGUCAAGAGAACAAUUGGUAAUAAAGGCGUAUAAAGAUGAAGGUUGGUUUUCAAAUGUGGCUAUGAGUUCAAUGGUUGAACAGAAGCUAUGCAAAGUGGAUAGAGAAUUGCUAUUCCAAGUACUUAUGGUGGAAAAUAUUUCAAAAUCGAAAUUAAAUCAAGUAGAUGAAAUUAAGACUAAACUGGACCCCAAGAAUCAAAAAGUGGAUACACUUCGAUCAGGGAAGAAAGCGCCGCCAAAAUAUAAGAUGGUUAAUCAAGUUGAUGUGGAUGAAGAUAAUGAUAAUACAACAAACGCUACCUCUUCUAGAUUGGCAAACAAUGCGAAAACAGUGUUUAAGUUUACAUUACAAAAUAAAAACGGGGAUGUGUUCUUUGGUGUAAAUACCACAGUAUUACCAUGGAGUUCAUGUUUACUAGGUGCAAAAAUAAUAAUUAAACCAGGCACAAUUUUUAAUAAGGGGGUAUUCUUAUUGCAGGAUUCAAAUGUCAUUUUCCUCGGAGGUAUCAACAAGAUAUGGAAUGAAAAUAGAGACUAUAAAACGUGUGAGUAUUUAGAGGCAAAACUCGAAAGAGAAAGGGAAAACACAACAAAUAGUGCUAAGAAUAAAAGGAAACGGAAAGUUCCACCUAAUUAA